AUGGAGUAUCCUCUGGUGUGUGUUCUCUUCCUGGUGCUGCUCAAUUUCACUACAGGUAAAGUGGACAAUAAGCUCAUUCUGGAAAUAUAUUGAUGCCUAUUUGUGCUAUAUGGCACAAACGCUUUGUUAAAUAAGUAGCAGGUUGUCAAAUGUCUCUGUUUGGUUGAUGCACUUCAGUCAAACAGUAUCAAGUCAGCAAGAAGGAGAUUUCUAUUUAUCUGACAUUGACAACCAAUGUCUAGAGUAGACACUAGACAUAGAUAGUAGAUCAUUUUGUAAAUUGUGCGUUCAACUUGAAGGCACUAAUUUUGAAUGAAAAGCUUGUAUUUCUGUUAAAGUGCCAUAGUCUGAAGAUUUGAUUAAUCUCAAUUAAAAUAUUUUAAAGACUUUUGUACUGAUUAAUAAUAAGAAAUGUAAAGACUUUUGUACUGAUUAAUAAUAUCUCAAAACAUGAACUAAACUCAUCAAUCCAUUCUCUUCUAGAUGUCUCUGGCCAGGCUGUGGUUCCCUCUAUGAACCCCUUAGCUGUGGGAAGUAAUGUCACACUGAACCUAGUUCCCCAAAGCCCCAUCACCAUAGGGACCUGGUCAUAUGAAACUACAAUCAUCAUAAUUGUCUAUCCUGGUGGCAGUAGUGUGAGUAAAAUGUAUCAAGGCAGAAUCUCAUUCAACCACUCCUCCUCAGAGCUGUCCAUAAGCUCUCUCCAACUCAACGACUCAGGACGAUAUACUGUCCAGGGAAUGGAGCCAGUCCUGAACGCAGUGGUGACUUUGUCUGUCCAGGGUAAGGAACUGACCACUGCCUUUCUGUUUAUCUUUCUAUGAUGGUAGACUCUCACUCACUGGCACACACUUGCUCGCACACAUACUCACCUGCACACUUACUUGCCUAUUCACAUAUUUUCUUGCACGCAGGUUCACAUGCAAACAUGUAUGCACAUCGGUAGAGGCUGCUGAGGGGAAGACAGCUCUUAAUAAUGGCUGGAAUUGAGUGUAAUGGAGUGAAUGGAAUGGUAUCAAAUAUGAAAAGAUGUUUGUGAUACCAUUCCAUUUACUCCAUUCCAGCCAUUAUUAUGAGUAAUUCUCCCCUCAGCAGCCUCCAGUGAUGCACAUACAUUCUCUAUCAAUGAUUAAUUCAUCUCUGUCACAAUAAUAACAGGCAAGGUCAUUUUCCUGACAUGGAAAGCUAACACUUAAAUGUGUCAGUGUUUUCUGAACAUAUAAUGAAGUUGGCCUUCAUAAUACCUUUGAAAAUACAGAGUACGAGAAAACUGUUCUUUUCAAUUUCAGAUAAGACGUACACAAUACCUUUUAUGUGUGUGCAAAGAGACUAAGGGCUCUACAGCGCUCAAUCCUGUAACUUGGUCUCUAUGAUAAGUAAAUAAAAUAAAAUAGCAUAUUUAGAUUGAUUUCCAAAAGUUUUACAGUGUGAAUCAAAACAUCAACUAUAUGGUUGUAAUUCAGUAACACACAAAACACUUUCUUGAGACAUAUCCAUCUUAUCUUGACUGCCAUCUACUCUCUCACCCACAGAGCUCAUUUCAAACGUGACUCUAAGGGCCAACGCCAUUGAUCUAGUGGAAUUGAACGAUACUGCCAUUUUCACCUGCUCCGUCUCCUCUGGCACUUCCCUCUCUUACCGCUGGCUGAAUGGCAGCUCAGAGGUAACAGCCAGUGACAGAGUUCGGCUUGGUGGUGGGAACAGCACUCUCACCAUAGUCAGUGUGACACAAUACGAUGAAGGGCCUUUCAGAUGUGAGGUCAUCAACGGAAUCAGCAAUGGCACCAGCCAACCCAUUGGCCUCAAUGUUAGAUGUGAGUAUCAGAGCAUGCAGUACGAAUCACGCACAACAGACAUGGAUUGUACAUUGUCAUUGAGAGCUAGCUUUCCAUGCAAUGAUGCAAUAUGCCUAUUUUCAUCCCUAACCAUUCCUCUGUGUCCACAUGAUCCAGGUCAUUAUUUGCAUGGAUCAUUAGUACACUGUGUUUCGUAGAGCAGGACGGAAACAUAUUCUAGGUAAUGUUUACCCAACACAUCAUUGUUAUUGGUUCCUCCCAUAGAUGGCCCAAGUAACCUCACCAUGAUGGUACUUCCUGAGAUGACCAUAGGACAUACAGCCUACAAUACGGGCUCUGACAUCAUUCUGUCCUGCUCCGCUCAGUCCAAACCCGCUGUGUCCUACAAGUGGAUGUUUAAUGGGGCGUUCCUCAACGAGCAAAGCCCACAGCUCAGUCUGCAGAGCACCAGGGAGAACCAGACAGGAAGUUACGCCUGCUUAGCCCACAACAAUGUCACACUCCGAUUCGCCACCCUGACCACAAUGAUAAAGAUCGUGGGUGAGGCAACAUUCAUUGUUACGAAAUGUCAUAUAGUUGGUAGUGAAUAUUUGAUUAUUGAUGGUUAUGAAUAGAAUGUUAUAUAAUUAAGCAAGAAUGCCCGAAGAGGUGAGGUAUAUGGCCAAUAUACAACACUUCUUAUGCACGACGCUACGCGGAGUGCCUGGAUACACCCCCUCGGGCCUUAUUGCUUAAUUAUAAACUGGUUGGGUCGAGCACUGAAUGCUGAUUGGCUGACGGCCAUGGUAUAUCAGAACCUAUACAACGUCUGACAAAACAUUGUUUUUUUCUGCUCUAAUUACGUUGAUAACCACACAGUUUAUAAUGGUAUUUUUACCACCGAUCGAGUGAAAUACAGCGUGACAAAUGACUCUUCCUCUUCUUUUUACCCUAGAGCCGAUAUCAGCAGUUGCGUUGAACAGUGAUGGGAAGCCACCGAUACUGGAUCAGUCGUUCACUCUGCGGUGUGAGGUGACUGGACCUGUAGACUACAUUCACUGGCUGAUGAACAGCCAGCUAAUCUCCCUAAACAACAGAACGAUCUUCUCUACGGACAACAAGACAAUGGUUAUCAACCCAAUCCAGUUUUCUGACAGAGGAGAAUAUCUCUGUGAGGCCUUUAAUGCUGUCAGCAACCUGACCAGCAUGACAUACAAGCUUGUGGUGAACUGUGAGUAUUACAAGAGCUAGUAAUCUUUGUCUGAUAAAACCAAUUCAGUGGCCUUGUAGUUAGAGUGUCCGCCCUGAGAUUAGAAGGUUGGGAGUUUGAUCCCUGGACGAGACAUACCAACGACUGUAAAAAUGGGACCCAAUGUGUCUUUGCUUGGCACUCAGCAUUAAGGAGAUAGAAUCGGGGUAAGGGCCUGUGAUAGACUAGCGUCCUGUCCAAGGGAUGUACUUAUACAUCAAGCUGCAACAAGCUACAUAAACAGGAGAUAGGCUCCUGCUCCUAUGAGGGGUUUCGCCCAGAGGCUAAUUUCUUACUGAACUGUCAAAAUAGUCAAACCAUAAGAUUAACCAUAUUUUCUUGUGUUUAACAGUUGGACCAGAGAGACCUGCUGUAACUAGUCCGGAUAUAGCGAUGACAGGACAAAGCGUGACCUUCAACUGCUCGGCCUCCUCUCAGCCUCUCAGCCAGUUCAGCUGGUUCUUCAAUGGCUCCCAGGUGGCAUCUGGCUCAGUGUAUGAGACUGGCUCACUGACCUUAGCCAGUCAUGGGGAGUACACCUGUGUGGCCUUCAACAACAUCACUGGCAGAAACAGCACUGUCUCCAAGAUGCUCACUGUUGUUGGUGAGUCAGUAACUGCUACUUAAAACCAAGGAACUAAAACUUGCUUUACUGUGUUUGUGUUCAGUUGGUUUUAGACACAGCACACAUGCUGCUGAACCUACAGGAUAAUAAGUUGGAAGUUGAGAUAAAAAGUGCUUAAAACCCCUUUGAUCUACUUUACACAGCACCUGUGACCAUGAGCAUUGUGAAAGUCAUUGGAGCCCAGCCAAUACUGAACGAGAAAUUCUCUCUGACCUGUGAGACCGCUGGAACGGUUUACUCCAUUCACUGGAUGAGGAACGGCUGGCCUCUGUAUGCUGACAACAGAACAGACUUCUCUAUGAACAACAAUACACUGACAUUCAACUCUGUCCAGCAUUCUGACAACGGAGACUAUCAGUGUUCUGCCUACAACCCCCUGAGCAACAUGACCAGCCCAGAAUACAGACUGACCGUCAACUGUGAGUAGUUGUUAUGGCCCAAAACCAAACUUGAUAUUUGCCAAUUUAAUUCUAAUUUUGACCUAUAAUGAGGGCAAGAUGGAAUUUAUAGUAAUGGAAUUGGGGUAGGUUUGGAGGCCACUUCUGGCACCAUUAUAAGAAAACCAAGGGGAUGGCUGGGUAUUGCUGGGGUCAAACCAAGGCAAGCACACUAAUGGCAUUUCCAAUAGCUAAUCUCAUUCAAUAUCUUCAUCAUCUUGUGUUUCCCAGAUGGUCCAGAGAGACCUGUUAUCACGAGUCCGGAUAUAGCGAUGACAGGACACAGCGUGACCUUCAACUGCUCGGCCUCCUCUCAGCCUCUCAGCCAGUUCAGCUGGUUCUUCAAUGGUUCCCAGGUGGCAACUGGCUCAGUGUAUGAGACUAGCCCACUGACCUUAGCCAGUCUUGGGGAGUACACCUGUGUGGCCUUCAACAACAUCACUGGAAGAAACAGCACUGUCUCCAAGAUGCUCACCGUCAUUGGUAAGACAGAAGAGACAUCCAAACUGUUUAACUUGUACAUGUAGAUAUAGGCCAUUCAACAUACAGUGAUUGUGAUGUAGUCAAUAUUAUUGUGACACUGACGUUUUCUUCACAGACCCAGUAACCAUGGCCACGGUGAAAGUCAUCGGUGCCCAGCCAAUAGCAGACUACAUGUUUACUCUGACCUGUGAGACCGCUGGAAGCAUUUACUCCAUUCACUGGAUGAGGAACGGCUGGCCUCUGUAUGCUGACAACAGAACAGACUUCUCUAUGAACAACAAUACACUGACAUUCAACUCUGUCCAGCAUUCUGACAACGGAGACUAUCAGUGUUCUGCCUACAACCCCCUGAGCAACAUGACCAGCCCAGACUACAGACUGACCGUCAACUGUGAGUAGUUAUUAUCAAGUUCAACUUUGACCCGAUGGCCUGAGGUGGAAUCUUUGAGAACUUCCUUUAUAAACAUUGUAAUAAAGCCAAUGUGAUGGUUUGGAUCAAACCUUGUAUACCAUAUGACAUAUGUUGAUGUCCUUUAAACUUCUGGCCAAUGACAGAUGAUGGGUUUAACUCACAUCUGUCAAACUCAUUCCGCAGAGGGCCAAGUGUCAGCGGGUUUUUCGAUCCUCCCUUGAACUUGAUUGAUGUAUUAAGGUCCCUUAUUAGUGAGGAACUCCCCAAACCUGGUUGUCUUGGUCUUAAUUGAAAGGACAAAACAAAAACCAGCAGACACUAGGGCCUCCAUGGAAUGAAUUUGACACCCCUGGUCUAACUGAUUGUCUUUUGUAUCAUAGAUGGACCGGAUAUGCCUAUUAUAAAAGGACCAGCAUUAGGAGAAACAGGACACAGCGUGAUCUUCAACUGCUCGGCCUCCUCUCAGCCUCUCAGCCAGUUCAGCUGGUUCUUCAAUGGCUCCCAGGUGGCAUCUGACUCAGUGUAUGAGACUGGCCCACUGACCUUAGCCAGUCAUGGGGAGUACACCUGCGUGGCCUUCAACAACAUCACUGGCAGAAACAGCACUGUCUCCAAGAUGCUCACUGUUGUUGGUGAGUCAGUAACUAAUACUUAAAACCAAGGAACUAAAACUUGCUUUACUGUGUUUGUGUUCAGUUGGUUUUAGACACAGCACACAUGCUGCUGAACCUACAGGAUAAUAAGUUGGAAGUUGAGAUAAAAAGUGCUUAAAACCCCUUUGAUCUACUUUACACAGCACCUGUGACCAUGAGCAUUGUGAAAGUCAUUGGAGCCCAGCCAAUACUGAACGAGAAAUUCUCUCUGACCUGUGAGACCGCUGGAACGGUUUACUCCAUUCACUGGAUGAGGAACGGCUGGCCUCUGUAUGCUGACAACAGAACAGACUUCUCUAUGAACAACAAUACACUGACAUUCAACUCUGUCCAGCAUUCUGACAACGGAGACUAUCAGUGUUCUGCCUACAACCCCCUGAGCAACAUGACCAGCCCAGAAUACAGACUGACCGUCAACUGUGAGUAGUUAUUAUGGCCCAAAACCUAACUUGAUAUUUGCCAAUUUAAUUCUAAUUUUGACCUAUAAUGAGGGCAAGAUGGAAUUUAUAGUAAUGGAAUUGGGGUAGGUUUGGAGGCCACUUCUGGCACCAUUAUAAGAAAACCAAGGGGAUGGCUGGGUAUUGCUGGGGUCAAACCAAGGCAAGCACACUAAUGGCAUUUCCAAUAGCUAAUCUCAUUCAAUAUCUUCAUCAUCUUGUGUUUCCCAGAUGGUCCAGAGAGACCUGUUAUCACGAGUCCGGAUAUAGCGAUGACAGGACACAGCGUGACCUUCAACUGCUCGGCCUCCUCUCAGCCUCUCAGCCAGUUCAGCUGGUUCUUCAAUGGUUCCCAGGUGGCAACUGGCUCAGUGUAUAAGACUAGCCCACUGACCUUAGCCAGUCUUGGGGAGUACACCUGUGUGGCCUUCAACAACAUCACUGGAAGAAACAGCACUGUCUCCAAGAUGCUCACCGUCAUUGGUAAGACAGAAGAGACAUCCAAACUGUUUAACUUGUACAUGUAGAUAUAGGCCAUUCAACAUACAGUGAUUGUGAUGUAGUCAAUAUUAUUGUGACACUGACGUUUUCUUCACAGACCCAGUAACCAUGGCCACGGUGAAAGUCAUCGGUGCCCAGCCAAUAGCAGACUACAUGUUUACUCUGACCUGUGAGACCGCUGGAAGCAUUUACUCCAUUCACUGGAUGAGGAACGGCUGGCCUCUGUAUGCUGACAACAGAACAGACUUCUCUAUGAACAACAAUACACUGACAUUCAACUCUGUCCAGCAUUCUGACAACGGAGACUAUCAGUGUUCUGCCUACAACCCCCUGAGCAACAUGACCAGCCCAGACUACAGACUGACCGUCAACUGUGAGUAGUUAUUAUCAAGUUCAACUUUGACCCGAUGGCCCUGAGGUGGAAUCUUUGAGAACUUCCUUUAUAAACAUUGUAAUAAAGCCAAUGUGAUGGUUUGGAUCAAACCUUGUAUACCAUAUGACAUAUGUUGAUGUCCUUUAAACUUCUGGCCAAUGACAGAUGAUGGGUUUAACUCACAUCUGUCAAACUCAUUCCGCAGAGGGCCGAGUGUCAGCGGGUUUUUCGAUCCUCCCUUGAACUUGAUUGAUGUAUUAAGGUCCCUUAUUAGUGAGGAACUCCCCAAACCUGGUUGUCUUGGUCUUAAUUGAAAGGACAAAACAAAAACCAGCAGACACUAGGGCCUCCAUGGAAUGAAUUUGACACCCCUGGUCUAACUGAUUGUCUUUUGUAUCAUAGAUGGACCGGAUAUGCCUAUUAUAACAGGACCAGCAUUAGGAGAAACAGGACACAGCGUGAUCUUCAACUGCUCGGCCUCCUCUCAGCCUCUCAGCCAGUUCAGCUGGUUCUUCAAUGGCUCCCAGGUGGCAUCUGACUCAGUGUAUGAGACUGGCCCACUGACCUUAGCCAGUCAUGGGGAGUACACCUGCGUGGCCUUCAACAACAUCACUGGCAGAAACAGCACUGUCUCCAAGAUGCUCACUGUUGUUGGUGAGUCAGUAACUAAUACUUAAAACCAAGGAACUAAAACUUGCUUUACUGUGUUUGUGUUCAGUUGGUUUUAGACACAGCACACAUGCUGCUGAACCUACAGGAUAAUAAGUUGGAAGUUGAGAUAAAAAGUGCUUAAAACCCCUUUGAUCUACUUUACACAGCACCUGUGACCAUGAGCAUUGUGAAAGUCAUUGGAGCCCAGCCAAUACUGAACGAGAAAUUCUCUCUGACCUGUGAGACCGCUGGAACGGUUUACUCCAUUCACUGGAUGAGGAACGGCUGGCCUCUGUAUGCUGACAACAGAACAGACUUCUCUAUGAACAACAAUACACUGACAUUCAACUCUGUCCAGCAUUCUGACAACGGAGACUAUCAGUGUUCUGCCUACAACCCCCUGAGCAACAUGACCAGCCCAGAAUACAGACUGACCGUCAACUGUGAGUAGUUGUUAUGGCCCAAAACCAAACUUGAUAUUUGCCAAUUUAAUUCUAAUUUUGACCUAUAAUGAGGGCAAGAUGGAAUUUAUAGUAAUGGAAUUGGGGUAGGUUUGGAGGCCACUUCUGGCACCAUUAUAAGAAAACCAAGGGGAUGGCUGGGUAUUGCUGGGGUCAAACCAAGGCAAGCACACUAAUGGCAUUUCCAAUAGCUAAUCUCAUUCAAUAUCUUCAUCAUCUUGUGUUUCCCAGAUGGUCCAGAGAGACCUGUUAUCACGAGUCCGGAUAUAGCGAUGACAGGACACAGCGUGACCUUCAACUGCUCGGCCUCCUCUCAGCCUCUCAGCCAGUUCAGCUGGUUCUUCAAUGGUUCCCAGGUGGCAACUGGCUCAGUGUAUGAGACUAGCCCACUGACCUUAGCCAGUCUUGGGGAGUACACCUGUGUGGCCUUCAACAACAUCACUGGAAGAAACAGCACUGUCUCCAAGAUGCUCACCGUCAUUGGUAAGACAGAAGAGACAUCCAAACUGUUUAACUUGUACAUGUAGAUAUAGGCCAUUCAACAUACAGUGAUUGUGAUGUAGUCAAUAUUAUUGUGACACUGACGUUUUCUUCACAGACCCAGUAACCAUGGCCACGGUGAAAGUCAUCGGUGCCCAGCCAAUAGCAGACUACAUGUUUACUCUGACCUGUGAGACCGCUGGAAGCAUUUACUCCAUUCACUGGAUGAGGAACGGCUGGCCUCUGUAUGCUGACAACAGAACAGACUUCUCUAUGAACAACAAUACACUGACAUUCAACUCUGUCCAGCAUUCUGACAACGGAGACUAUCAGUGUUCUGCCUACAACCCCCUGAGCAACAUGACCAGCCCAGACUACAGACUGACCGUCAACUGUGAGUAGUUAUUAUCAAGUUCAACUUUGACCCGAUGGCCCGAGGUGGAAUCUUUGAGAACUUCCUUUAUAAACAUUGUAAUAAAGCCAAUGUGAUGGUUUGGAUCAAACCUUGUAUACCAUAUGACAUAUGUUGAUGUCCUUUAAACUUCUGGCCAAUGACAGAUGAUGGGUUUAACUCACAUCUGUCAAACUCAUUCCGCAGAGGGCCGAGUGUCAGCGGGUUUUUCGAUCCUCCCUUGAACUUGAUUGAUGUAUUAAGGUCCCUUAUUAGUGAGGAACUCCCCAAACCUGGUUGUCUUGGUCUUAAUUGAAAGGACAAAACAAAAACCAGUAGACACUAGGGCCUCCAUGGAAUGAAUUUGACACCCCUGGUCUAACUGAUUGUCUUUUGUAUCAUAGAUGGACCGGAUAUGCCUAUUAUAACAGGACCAGCAUUAGGAGAAACAGGACACAGCGUGAUCUUCAACUGCUCGGCCUCCUCUCAGCCUCUCAGCCAGUUCAGCUGGUUCUUCAAUGGCUCCCAGGUGGCAUCUGACUCAGUGUAUGAGACUGGCCCACUGACCUUAGCCAGUCAUGGGGAGUACACCUGUGUGGCCUUCAACAACAUCACUGGCAGAAACAGCACUGUCUCCAAGAUGCUCACUGUUGUUGGUAAAUCAGACUGUAGAUUAUUUGCUUUGUUGUGUUCAUUUACAAUCUGAUAAUAAUUACAAUAAACAUAUUUAUCAUACAAAGAGCCCAAACAUUUCUAAUCUUUACUCAGCGAAGAUGUACAGAUGAAUACAUCCUUUCAAUACAGUGCAGUGUCCACUUACAGUAUACCCUUAGCUCUCACCCUCUCCUUCCACAAAGAUGUACUUUUCCAUCACCCAAGAUUUAUCUGUGCUCCUCCAUGCCUAUCACAGGACUUCUCAUCAGUCAGGAGAGGCCUUGGGAGUAUACAUUCCUACAGCACACUGCAGUCCACUAAAUAAUUACACUUCUCAUACACAAAGAGCUUAAACCUAACGCUACUUUCAAUCUCUAAAGAUAUAAAAAACAAUCUAUUCAUACUAAGGGGAUAUAAUUAUAUAAAACAUGAAAUAUAUAAAACAGUAAUAUAAAACAGCAAUUUACCAUCUAUCAGAUCGUACAACCAUUUGUUUUAUAUGUACAUGUUUUAUAUAUGCAACUAUUGCAUCACUGGAACUAACCAUUUUACCAAAUUACAAAACUUGAUACUGUACAUAAAGCAAUACACAUCCUCUCUCCUCACAGAGGCUAUAAAGUCGGUGAUGGUGAAACGAAGCAAAAUACCGAUAGCAUCUGACAACCUAACCCUGACCUGUGAUGUCACCGGGCGCUAUGACACCAUCUACUGGAUGAAGGACAACCUGUCUUUGGUCCUGAACAACACCUUGAACUCUGACAUCACCAUCUCCAACAACUCUCUGCACUUCAGUCCAGUCCAGGUGUAUAACAAUGGAAACUAUCAGUGUGUCGCAACCAACAUCUUUGGUCCACACACCAGCCCUAAAUACCAGCUACUGGUGAACUGUAAGUACUGGCGUUUUAGUAAUAUUUUAAAAGAUACGCAUUUAUAUAAUGUAGAAACAGUCAGAAACCCACCACUGUUAUAAUGGUUAGUGCAUUCCGGGAUACUUGGGAUGUCCCUAGCCUAAACCCUAACCUUAACCCCUACCCUUACCUUAACCUUUACCUAGCCCUAACAUUAACCCUUACCUUAACUGUUUUAAAUUUCAACUUCAAUGGGUGAUGUAAGAGUUGGAUGUCCCAAGUACCCCGUUUAGACUUUUCCCUGUUAUGACCCCACCCUCUCUAAACUUCUUUCUGUAGAUGGCCCUCUGAGUGUGAACAUCUCUGGCCCAGUGUCAGUGGUGAUUGGCUCAGUAAUCACAGCUACGCUGAAGUGCUCUGCCAACUCCCAGCCAACCAGCGAGUACGGGUGGAAAUUCAACAACCAAUCAGUGCUGGGGACUGGUCCUUUGAUAGCUGUUGUCGCCUCCUUGGAGAAUGCAGGGAACUACACUUGUGUGGCCAAGAACCCUGUGACCAACAUCUCAAUGUCCAAGACCAUCACUCUGGAUGUCACUGGUAAGUGGGUCGGCUGUUGUAGUAAGACCUAGGUGGGAUGUAAUGAGUAAUCAAAUGUCACAAAGUUGUUUUUAUUAUGUUGAAACUUGGUAUUUAAUAUUGGCAUACUUCUUUGUGCAAGGAUCAUUUUCAUGCAUCAGGGAAAAUGCAAUAAAGCCAUAUGCUGAACUGGGGGGUACAGACAGGAAUCAAGAAUAAUAUUUUUUUUAAAUUAUAUUAUAUUUCUCCUCCCCUGCCUCCCCUCCUCUCCCUUUCUCCUUUCUCUCUCAGGCCACUCGCCUGCCCCUCCAUUCCAGUCCAGAGUUGGUCUGAUGCUGAUGGCCCUGCUAGCUCUCUCUCUCUGCCUCUGA